CCACUCUCCACCGCGGCGGUAGCCGGCUCAUUGGCCGCACACACACCGUCCCCAGGAGUUGUGUCGCGACCUGUGCCAUAUCCUUGGAAUUUCUCCCGGACUUCGACGCCACGCGCACUGUUCGAAUCCACACACAAGUCUCGAUGAGCGCAUCGAGCUGUCGAAGCUCCGCCCGCUACCGUGGACGCGUCGCAGCGCCGAGUUUCGAACCGCCACCAUGUCCUCUGACGACGCUGCCCAGCUCAUGGCUGCCUUCCGAAAAGGCGGCGCUACACGCUCCGGCGCAAAUGCCACCAAGUCAGCAAGCGGCACUCCCGCCCCGCGCCGUUCAACACCAAGACGAUCGCCCGCGCGACGAGCGGCCCCAAACAAGCGUGUCUCUAUCGCUGUAGAAGCCCUCUUGUCGGAUUCAAGCUUGGGCGACGAAGCCGUCAACGCCGCAUCUCCGCCAAAGGUCCGACGCCUCCUGCACGUUCGCCCGAAGCCAGUCGCAAACAAGGAAGAGUACACGUACCACGAGCCACAGGAGGAGGUUGAGAGGAUCGUUAGAGAGUCCACCAGGCGCGGGCGCCAUGUCGGCUAUGUGGUCAAGCUGGUGGGAGGCCGAACUAAAGAGGUUAACUUGGACGAGCUACUCGAGCUUCCAGGUGGUUCAGAAGCUCUCCACAACCACGAGCAGGACGACGCCUCCUCUCCUAGCGCAGACGACAUGAGGCUCCGCGCCAGAAGCUCGAGGCCGAACCGCAACGGCUUCGUGGACAUCACCACAAUCGGCAUCUCCUCCUCAGACGACGAUGACGUGGAAGAAGACGACGACGACGACGACAACGAAAACGACAACGACGACGACGAGGAAGAGACCAGCGACUCGGACGACAUCGUGCGCUCAGACGUCCUGCCCGGCCGCAAGCGCAAGCGAGGACGUCCACGUGCCUCCAAGCCUGAAAAGGUCCAGCGUGUCCCUGCUCGCCAGUCUGAGCGGUCAACACGCGCCACCGUCGACAUGGGCGAGAGGGACGAGAACGACAUCUACCGCUCAGAUUCUGCGCCCAAGGCCUCGGCCCCGCAGGUCAAGGUAGUCCGAGAGACAUUCGAAACCCUACCCCGAGGCGACCUUUUCCGCUCCCGCCACGCCGAAGGCUGCGAAGUCUGCUACGAUGGCCCCAACGUCGCCCCUCUCAUCUACUGCCAAGGCUGCUCCCUUGCGUACCACAAGAACUGCCUGGGCAACCGCAGCUCUCGCGAGCACCUCGUCACCAAAAUCGGCGAUGAGAGGUUCGUCCUGCAGUGCAAGCGCUGCGUCAACGUCUACCAGAAGAAGGACCGCUAUGCGCCCAACCUGGCACGAUGCCAGGAUUGCAAGAAAGACGGCGACUCGUGCAGCGCCUUCAGACACCGAAAGACUACCAUGCAAGAGAUGAAGGAGCGCGAGGAGAAUGGCGGCGAGGAUCCCGUCCACGACGUCCCCUCUGAGCUCAUCAACAACUCCCGCAACGUACUCUUCCGCUGCACCAAGUGCUUGCGCGCCUGGCACUAUCACCACCUGCCUCCCUUGUCGCCAUACGCCAUGGAGAUCAACUGCGACAACGAGGAGCUCGCAGACGACCGCUUCCGCGAGUACUCGAACAAGUGGAAGUGCAAGGAGUGCGACGAGACCGCCGACAGGAAGGUCGGAGCUCUUGUCGCCUGGCGCCCUUCCGAUGUCGAGAGUUUCGAGCCCGGCACGCCCUGCGAGCGGGUCAACGAAGACGACAAGCAAUACCUCGUCAAGUGGGAGAUGCAGUCGUACUUCCGCGCACAGUGGUUUUCUGGAGCCUGGACAUGGGGUGUUAGCGCGACGGCCAUGCGAAGGGCUUUCUUCAGGAAAGAGGACGGACCGAAGAUGCGAACCGAGGAUGCUAUUCCCGAGGAGUAUCUGCGCAUCGACAUCGUCCUCGACGUCCAGUUCACGAGCAUUGUCAAGGUCAGCACCGAAGACAUCGACAAGGCUCGUAUCAAGGAGGUCGGCAAGGCCCUCAUCAAAUACAAGGGCCUUGGCUACGAAGACGCCGUCUGGGAGCAGGUGCCAUCGUCCGAAGACGGCGACCGGUGGCUGGACUUUGUCACCGCGUACAACGACUGGGUAGCCGGACGUUACAUCAGGUGUCCUAAGCAAGGCCCCCUCAAGUCACGACUCGACAAAGUCCGCGACAAGCCCUUCAAGGAUCUACUGAGGGAGAAGCAGCCGGACAACCUCACGGGUGGUGAGCUGAUGAAGUACCAGAUGGAAGGUCUCAACUGGCUGUACUACCAGUGGUACAUGCUGAAGAACGGCAUUCUCGCCGACGAAAUGGGUCUCGGCAAGACCAUCCAAGUCAUCGGCUUCAUGGCCACACUCGUGCAGGAACACAACUGCUUUCCCUUCCUCAUCGUCGUGCCAAACUCGACAUGUGCCAACUGGCGUCGCGAGAUCAAGCAGUGGGCUCCGUCCUUGCGCGUUGUCGCCUACUUUGGGUCUUCGCUAGCUCGCGAGAUGGCCUACAAGUACGAGCUGUAUCCCGACGGAACCAAGGAUCUCCGAUGCCACAUCGUCGUUACCUCUUACGAGGCCGCCGCAGACGACAGCAGCAGGAGGUUCCUUCGAGGCGUCAACUGGGCCGGCCUGAUUACAGACGAAGGCCAGCGUCUCAAGAAUGACAAGAGCCAGCUGUACACUGCACUGUCGGCAGUCAAGGCACCUUUUCGACUGCUCAUGACAGGUACACCGCUGCAGAACAACGCCCGAGAGCUGUUCAACUUGCUGCAGUUCCUGGACGACACCAUCAACGCUGCGGAGCUCGAGGAGAAGUACGCCGAGAUGACUUCCGAGAACAUCAAGGACCUCCACGACAUGAUUCGACCUUUCAUCCUCCGCCGCACCAAGGCUCAAGUGCUGACCUUCCUGCCGCCUCUCGGUCAGAUCAUCCUGCCUAUAUCGAUGAGUCAUCUCCAAAGGACCGUGUACAAGUCGAUCCUGUCCAAGAGCCCUGAGCUGCUGAAGGCGCUGUUUACGUCAGACAACGGUCUCAAGCAGCAAGAACGUGCGAAUCUGAGCAACAUCUUGAUGCAGCUGCGCAAGUGCCUGUGCCACCCCUUUGUCUACAGCCGCGAGAUCGAGGAGCGAACCGACGUUGCCGCCGUCUCUCACCGCAACCUCGUCGAGGCCUCUGCAAAGCUGACUCUGCUGGAGACGCUGCUGCCGAAGCUGAAGGAGCGCGGGCACCGUGUGCUGAUCUUCAGUCAAUUCCUCGACAUGCUCAACAUCGUCGAGGAUUUCUUGGACGGCAUGCAGAUGGCCUACCAGCGUCUCGACGGCACCAUGGGCUCUCUUGAGAAACAGAAGCGUAUCGACCAGUUCAACGCGGCGGACUCACCGCUGUUUGCCUUCCUCAUCUCGACACGUGCAGGUGGUGUCGGCAUCAACCUUGCCACAGCCGACACGGUCAUCAUCCUGGAUCCCGACUUCAACCCACACCAGGACCUGCAGGCCAUAGCUCGCGCCCACCGCAUCGGGCAGAAAAACAAAGUGCUCUGCUUCCAGCUGCUGACCCGAGCCUCGGUCGAAGAGAAGAUUGUGCAGAUGGGCCGCAAGAAAAUGGCGCUCGAUCAUGUCGUUGUGGAGUCGCUUGGCGACGAGGAUGCCGAAGAGCACGACGUCGAAUCGAUCCUCAGGUACGGUGCUGCCGAGCUGUUCAAGGACGACGCAGCAGACCGCGACAUCCAUUAUGACGACGCAUCGAUUGAGAAGCUGCUCGACCGCAGCCAGAUUGAGAAUACCCGCGCGGCCCCCGGCGAUGACUCUGCUGAGGGCCAGUUCAGUUUCGCACGCGUGUGGGCCAACGACACUGGCUCGCUGCAAGACGACCUUGACAUGGUGCAAGAGGAGACGGCUCCUGAUCCGGGUGUCUGGGACAAGAUCUUGAACGAGCGCCGCGCGCAGGCUGCUGCUGACGCGCUUGCACGCGCACAUGCCCUGGGCAGAGGCAAGCGUGCUCGGGUUAACGUCGACUACAUGACCGAGCAGGAGAAGGCCGACGCCGCGGCAGCGGACAGCGAGGAGGAAGCCGCACCGCCAGCGGUUAAGAUCGACAAGCGCAAGAAGAAGCGCCCCGACGACGAGAGCGAUACUGACUUCCAUGUCGACUCCGACGAAGACACUGAGGUCGAGCCCGAGGCAUCAGAAGGCGACGUGCAGCAAGAGCUCGCAGCCCCCAAGGCCAGCGACGUCAGCGGUCUGGUCAAGCAGUCACCCGCGCGACCAAAGGGCAACGAGCAGCUGCGCGUCCCUGCCCAGCCCAUCGCUCUGCCUUCGCAGGCCAGCCCUGCAAAGCCUCCCAAGAAAGAGAGCAGUGUAAAACCCUUCGUCCGCGCCCACCUCCCCAUCCGCUCGCCCUUCGAGCACACCCAAUCAAACAGCAUCCACAUCUGCGCCGCCUGCCGCAAGAACCACCCUCCAGGCGCAUGUGAGCUCAAAGCCGCGGGCGUCGAGCACUGCGGUCUUUGCGGCCUGGCCCACUUCGGCUACGGCCGCACAUGCCCACACAUUAGGUCGGAGACGCAGGUGCGCGAGAUGCUGGCCGCGCUCAAGAGAUCCCCCGAGAAAAGGGAACUCAUCGACCUCGCGACCAAGUACCUCCGCGGCGUCAAGGGCGCGCUGGUCCAGCAGAAGAAGCGCGAUCGCGAGCGUGCUGAGGGCAGGGGACAAGAUCUCAGCGCGACUAACGCCACCCUCGCGCUGGCUACGGGCGCCAGGCCCCUGGGCACCGCUGUCGGAGCUGCUGGUGCUCACAAACCCUCGGCUCCGGGUCUGUACGCCAAGAGUAGCCAGUAUAAGAUGUACCCUCUCCCUCCCCCGCCACAGCAGCAACAGCAGCAACAGCAGCAACAGCAGCAGCAGCAGCAACAGCAGCAACAGCAGCAACAGCAGCAACAGCAGCAACAGCAGCAGCAACAGCAGCAACAGCAGCAGCAACAGCAGCAACAGCAGCAGCAACAGCAGCAACAGCAGCAACAGCAGCAGCAGCAGCAGCAGCAGCAGCAAGGUUCGUCGUGAACUCCGACUCCGAUUUCGACGGCGACGGUGCCGAGUGCGCCGCAAAGGAUGUACUCGCAACUUCCACACCCGCCUUCUGCGCGGAUGCCGGGUGUUGCGGAUCCGCUGUUGGACGAGAAGGAUGUGGAGAGUGCGCUCAGGGGGUUUUUGCGGCAGUGAGGCUCGAUGGCGCGCGAAAUUGAGCAGGGGCGUGGGUAGUGACUCUCAUAGCAAUAGCCUCGCUCGGGUAGUAUGCAAGGUUAUAAAUAAACCCCCCAUCAGGCGCGGUGGGAAUCGAG